AUGGUCAAAUUCAAGGCUUCCAUCCUCCUCCUCGCCGCCAACGCAGCUUACACCUUGGCGGCAAGCAAACCAAGACUCGGGAUUUUCCGAGAUGCCCGGUGUACAGAACCUCGCUCUGGUGAUUCCGCCACCGUGUUAGACAGGUGUUUCACUUUGACUCGUUAUGACACCAACUCCGUCAAGAUUGAUCCAGGAGUGCCGAAAUGCCCAGACAACUCCGCGCCAGUCGCCAGGCUCUAUGCCUCCCCAUGGUGUACAGGAGAUUCUCAGAGCUUCCCUUCUAAUAUCACGGGAUGCCAGCCGACCAAUAUCACUGAUUUCAUAUAUGAGUCGUGGGAGUUAGAGUGCCCCAGGGUACCAGACGUACCAGAAAAGAAGCCCAUCUACCUGGAAACCUUCUAUGACAGCGGCUGCGACGUACCCGAAUCAAACACUACGGCCACUGGAGUGGACAUGUGUAUGUCGAUUGAGUCCGAGCACACGCGGGCGUAUCGUCUGAUGGGGUUGAACGAAAAUGAGAACCUAUGCAAGAACCAGACCGCCGAAUUGAUGCUGUAUACCGGUGGUAAUUGCACAGGCAAAGCACUGCCUCCGAAUGAGUAUCAGGGGGGUUGUAACGAAAUCGAUGAGGUUGGCGUGACGGGAUGGAAGAUCCACUGUGCUUGA